AUGGAUCUCAAGGCAACGGCCCUAUUAAAGCUCAUCUACCUCGAAAUGGUCGGCCACGACAUGUCAUGGGCCUCCUUCCAUGUCCUCGAGGUCAUGUCGUCGCCCAAGUACCACCAGAAGCGCGUGGGAUACCUAGGCGCUGUGCAGAGCUUUCGGCAUGACACUGAAGUUCUCAUGCUAGCUACCAAUCUCCUAAAAAAGGACUUGGCUGCCACCACUCCAACAGUUAUAUCCCUUCCGAUUGCCACUCUCCCCCAUGUCAUUACUCCGUCCUUGGCUCUCUCGACCCUCGCCGACUUGCUACCACGCUUGAACCAUAGCCAUGCAAACAUACGCAAAAAGACCCUCGUCACACUAUAUCGCCUGGCGCUCGUAUACCCCGAGGCUUUGCGUGCUGCCUGGCCAAAGAUCAAAGAUCGCCUGAUGGAUCCCAACGAAGACCCGAGCGUAACGGCAGCCAUUGUCAACGUCGUCUGUGAGCUUGGUUCGCGGCGACCCCAUGACUUUCUGCCUCUGGCGCCACGACUAUUCGAGCUAUUGGUGGAGAGUGGUAACAACUGGAUGGCCAUCAAACUCAUCAAGCUCUUUGCGACGUUAACACCGCUUGAGCCUCGUCUUGUCAAAAAGCUGUUGCCUCCCCUUACAAACAUUAUCCGAACGACUCCUGCCAUGUCAUUGCUGUACGAGUGUAUCAAUGGCAUCAUACAAGGUGGCAUUCUAGACAGCGCCGAGGAUAUAGCGGGAGCUGAUGAAAUUGCAACCCUCUGUGUCAAUAAGCUGCGAGGAAUGAUAAUGAUUAAUGGCGAUGCAAAUCUAAAAUAUGUUGCCUUGCUGGCCUUUAACAAGAUUGUUCUCACGCACCCGCAUCUUGUUUCCCAGCAGGAGGAUGUCAUUCUGGAAUGUAUCGAUAGUACAGAUAUUACCAUCCGCGUCCAAGCCCUUAAUCUUGUAAAGGGUAUGGUUACCAGCGAUAACUUGGUCCCCAUAGUGAGCCGCCUGAUGAAGCAGCUCAAGUCGUCAUCGCCGUCCAAGGAUCGCCGUCCUCCAGGAAGCUCAUCCAACACUCCCGAAACAGAAUCCGAUGAUGAAUCGCAAACUGCUAUUACAGCGCCAACUGUCCGAGACACUCAAGCUCUCCUCAUUCCUGACGACUACCGAAUAGACAUCAUUGAAAGAAUCUUGUUCAUGUGCUCCAAGGACAACUAUUCGAGUGUAUUGGACUUUGAUUGGUACAUUGAUGUACUGACACAACUUGUUCGAAUGGCUCCUGUUGAUGUUUCCGAAAAAGUAGGAGAUGAGCUGCGCAACGUUGCUGUCAAGGUCAGGGCAAUGAGAGCAACUGCGGUCAGGGCAGCGGACGUUAUUCUUGACCAGUUGCUCGGUGAUAAUCCGGUUGGACAUCCGCUCAGUUCAGGGGCUCUAAAGUCGGCCAUAUGGAUCAUUGGUGAAUACUCUAUACAGCUAGCCCUGCCAGAUGAUAGUCUCAACGGGCUCCUCCAGGCCAUUCCGAGAAUCGGGAAACCAGAGAUCGUUGCGGUAGCGCUCCAUGCUACUGCUAAAGUCUUCUCAUCAAUCGCCGGCAGCGAACUUGAACCGUGGACCUCGGAACGAAAAUCAAGGAUAUCGCUCCUCCUCGCGCGCAUAUUAGAUGUAUUAGAGCCGCUUGCUCUUCAUCCGAAUCUUGAAGUACAAGAGCGGGCGGUAGAAUUCAUAGAGCUGCUCAAGCUGACGGCAGAAGCGGCUUCAGGGCAACCUCCAUCAACAGAUGAAAAUAGCCAAGAGCCACCCUUGCUUCUCACACAGGCUAUUCCAUCCUUGUUCACUGGCUGGGAACUCAAUUCCGUUGCUAUCCACGCGCAGAAGAAUGUGCCCCUUCCAGGAGGGCUGGAUUUAGAUGAACCAAUACACAGUAACCUCGGCCGGCUUUUGGCUCAAACCGAUAUUAUUACGCUUCAAUCUGAUGAGGCUGAUGAGUUUGAGGUCUACUAUCACCAACGACCGCCUCCUUCGAGCAUCUCAUCAUCGGCUCCAGCCAUUAGCAGACUGGCCGAUCCAGAUGAUGACAUGGCAAGCUCCUAUCAACAACUCAGUGAGGAGAGUUAUUUGGAUGCAGACAUUCUUGCGAAGAGAAAGGCAGAAAGGAUGGAGAAAAAUAAAGAUGACCCCUUUUACAUUCCGAGCGAUAAUAUCCUCAGGACAUCAACCCCAAUCCAUAACAUCCUACAAAACCACAAUGGUCCCGCCUUGGAUAUCGAUUCCAUUCCCGUCAUGCAACUAGACCUCGAGAAGGUUGGAAGUACAGUCGCUGCGCCCUCUCGACCGCGACCUCAGCCACGGCAGAGAGUCAUCGUUGCUGCGGAUGAGACCCUAGAAGGGAGCGACAGCGGCACCGGGCGACAAUACGACUCAGAAAAUAGUUCUGGUAAUCUCACCAAGGCCAAAUCUAAGAAAUCAAAGCAGCACUCUCUCCUACAAGUUGACUCGAGCACUAUCGGGUCCUUCAGCCUGGAAGGAAACGCCUCUGAAGGAUUCGACUAUGAAAGGCAGCAGCGGGAGGAGGCGGAGAUGCAGCAGGCCAUGAAGGAGGUGGAGCGGUUACGACUGGAAAUGCAACGGGCCAACGAGAGGAUUCAGAUGGCUCAGGGGGCGGAUGUUCAAGGCGUCGUCAUAAAGAAGAAGAAGAAGAAGGUGGCCAAGAAGACUGCGGGGGACGAUGAGAACGAACCUACAAAGGUCAAGCCGAAGAAGAAGACCAAAAAGGUAGUGGCGCAGACGGCGGAAGGUGGUGAGCCCGGCGGCGCAACUGAAGAUGCGCCGGGGAGUCCUUCUGCGAAAGUAGCGCCGAAGAAAAAGAAGAAGAAGAAGGCACCCGUCGAAGAAGUCGAGGCAACGGGAGAGGCAGGAUCUCUAGCAUGA